AUGUCCGAUGAAGAAGUACGGCAAAUCCAGAAUGAAGAAUUAAUGCCAAAAAAAAGUGAAGGUGCCGCACAGGCACCAAAUCAGUCGGCUAAAACGGCAACUGAAAAACCAGUAGAAAAAGUUCCAACACCGGCUGCUGUUACAGUAACCACCGAGAAGACGACCGUUACAAAACCGGCGGUUACUGAUGCUCCAAAAAUUGCUGAUUCAAAUGCUGAAGCUCCAGAAGUUAGAGCAUUAAUUGAGAAAGAAAAUGAAAUGUUAAAGAAAGAAGAAAAUGCUAUCGAUAAUGCAAUUUUUUUGGUGGAGCAAGCAACUAAAUUGCAAUCAGAAGGUCAUAAUAUAACAUUUGGUAUCAUUGAAGAAAAGGAUAUUGAUGGUGAAAAAGUAAAAGUGUUCAACGAUGGAUCAGAAGAAAUUGUUGUUCGAGAUAAUUCUGUUGAUUUCAAGCUUAGUAUUAUGUGCUUAGCUAUUGUUGGUAUUGUUUUAUUCUUACUUUAUACAUAUUGCUUGUACUAA